AAAUCCUUUAUCUGUAAACAUGGUUCGGAAUGGUUUCAAUUCUAUGGUUAUAAUUUUUUUUUUAUAGUUAUAGUGCAUACUUAGAAAGUUCGAUUGACUUAAACAAAAUGUGUUCCGUAUUAGUUACUGGUGCAAAUAGAGGAAUAGGACUAGGAUUGGUGAAACAUUUACUUGCAAAUCAUUCGUUUAAUGUGGAAAACGUAUUUGCGACAUGCAGAGAUAUGGGAAAAGCCAAGGAAUUAAUGGAAUUGAAAAAGAAUCCACAACUUCAUAUUCUGGAAGCAGAUCUAAUUGAUCAUGGAUCAUUCUUUAAUUUGGCUUCGCAAGUUUCAAAUAUUGUUAAAGAUAAAGGUCUUAAUGUCCUAAUUAACAAUGCUGGAAUAUCAUCUAAAUUUACUAGAAUUGGCUUAGUAAAAUCUGAAGAUUUAUUAAACCAUUUCAAAAUAAAUACCAUUGGUCCUAUAAUGUUAACACAGGCAUUAUUACCAUUAUUAAAAACCGCGUCAGAAAAAGAUAAAUCUGCCACUGGAGUAUAUAGAGCUGUAAUUGUUAAUAUGAGUUCAAUUUUGGGUUCCAUCACUAAAAAUGAUCAAGGUGGUUUUUAUCCAUAUAGAACAAGCAAGACUGCCAUAAAUGUUGCAACAAAAUCACUGAGUAUUGAUCUUAAGAAUAACGGGAUAUUGGCAGUUAGUAUUCAUCCUGGAUGGGUUAAAACUGCGAUGGGUGGUGCAAGUGCACCACUUGAAGUUGAACAAUCUGUUACAGGAAUCUGCCACUUCUUGAAGAAUAUCAACGAAUCCCACAAUGGUGGAUUUUAUGAUUUUGAAGGGAAAGUACUUCCUUGGUAAAAAAAAAAAAAUAUAAUAUUAAUUACAAUUGUAAGAGGCUUAUAUAGUAUAAUUAAUGCAUAUAUAACAUAGCAUUGUUCAAAACUUGUUUUAGUUGAAAACAAAUAUAAUAUGUUUUAAAUUUUAUAAUAAAACA